AUGGACUGCUAUCUGAGUGGCUUUGGUCUCUCUGGGCAACUCCCAGAAUUCAGCUCCUUGGAUGCUCUUCAGACAAUAGACUUGCACAACAACAGCUUGAGUGGAUCCAUUCCUGAUUUUCUUGGCACCUUACCUAAUCUAAAACAAUUGAAUUUGGCAGACAAUAAACUCAGUGGACCCAUACCAACCACAAUUUCAAACAAUAAGAAGCUGAAGUUAGUGUCAUCAGGCAACCCUAAUCUGUGUGCCUCUGGUGGGUCCUGUAAGACAAUAGUUGAUAACAGUGGAGGCCCUUCUUCUGGUAGCAGCAGCAAGAAGAAAAGCAGCAAGCUACCAUUAAUUCUUGGAAUUGCAAUUCCAGCUUUCUUUGUUUUCUGGGUUAUUGUGGUGAUCUUUGUCUGCUCUAUGAACCAAAGUAAAAGGAGAAGAGCAGCUGCCAUAGCAGCAACCAAUGCAGGACAAAACGGUGGGGCCAAUAUGCCUAAUGGCCUACCACCACAAGGAGCACCAAUGAACCCACAGAUGUUGGGUAAAUUUGGAGAAGUUAUGAUGAAUCAGUUUGCAGGCGAUGAUGAAGACCGAGGAACACCAGAGCAAGGAACACCUGAGCAAAUAAGAAAUCAACAGGUUGAAGAAAGGCCACUACAGUAUUGA